AUGCAAAUCUCCUUCGUCAAGGACCUCGCAACACUGCGAGACCCGCGAUCGCAUUUCACAUUUUUGAAUUAUCUUCACAAGAACGACAGACUCGUCGAGUUUACCAACCUCAGCACAUUUUUGCCCGCCAGAAUCGAGUACGAAGACUACCUGCGGUGGUGCGCGAGCUUUUUCAGCGACGUAGUCCGUUACAACAAUGAAGUAGUUUCAGUCGUCCCCGAUAUCGAAACAAGCGAUUCUGUGAGGACCUUCACUGUAGUCUCCAGGAACACAAAGACCGGCGCGAUAACCAAGCACCGUGCUCGCAAUGUGGUUCUCGCAGUGGGCGGCCAGCCAUCUAUUCCGCAAGUGCUGCCAGCAAACCACCCCAAGGUCGUCCACUCUUCCCAGUAUGCGCAUAUGAUUCCCAAGAUUCUGAAAAAUAAGGAUGCGCCAUAUCGGGUGGCAGUCGUGGGAGCCGGGCAGAGUGCCGCUGAGAUUUUCAACAAUAUUCAAGUCAUGUAUCCAAACUCAAAAACAUCCCUGGUGAUGAAGUCGGAAUUCCUCAAGCCCAGCGACGACUCGCCUUUCGUGAACUCGAUCUUCAAUCCGGAAUUCGUGGAUGUCCUCUAUCCCCGGCCACCUCAAUAUCGCCAGAGUCUUAUCAGUGACGCAAAGGCCACAAACUACGGUGUUGUUCGGCUAGAGCUUAUUGAGAAACUUUACGAAGUUAUGUACGACCAGCGCCGGGAGAUCGGGAGCGACGAGACGAAGUGGCCACACAGAAUUCUAGGUGGAAGACGCGUGGUCGGCGUUGAAGAAACCUCUAACGGGCUCCGUCUUCGUGUGCGCCAUGCGCCAGCCGGCGAGGUUGCUUUGGAAGCGGAUGGCCUCGUAGAUGUCGAGACACAGGAGAGUGCCAAGGCUGUUGAAGUUGUGAAGGACGACGACGAGUUGCUGGACGUCGAUCUCAUCAUCGCAGCUACUGGAUACCGCAGAAACGCACAUGUAGAGAUGCUCAAGGAUGCAUGGCACCUGCUCCCUCAGAACAAGGAAGACAACCCAGAACGUUCAGACCAGUGGGCGGUCCGGGACGUGACCAAGACAUGCAGGGUCAUGGAGGUGUCACGAGACUAUCGCGUACAGUUCCGUCCGGGUGUUGUUGCCCCUGGCUCUGGUGUCUGGCUUCAGGGUUGCUGUGAAGGCACUCACGGACUGAGCGAUACCCUUCUUUCAGUAUUGGCAACGAGAUCUGGAGAAAUGGUCAAGUCUAUCUUCGGAACAAAGGAGGGGAGCGUCGUGAGAGCACACUUGUAG